AUGGCUUCGUCUGAGGUGCAGCGCCCCUACUACCCCGCGAGUGCGGCUCACACGCGCUAUCAGACAGGCUCCUCUCUUCUGGAAGCAGAGUACAGGCCCACCGAUGAGGAGUGCGCCACCCUCGCAGCUCCGAUUGCCGACUUCCUGCGCAACUGCAGCUGCUACGACAUGCUCGGCGUGUCGACCCAGGUGGUGGUCCUCGAUGUGCAGGCACCGCUGUCCGUCGCCUUCAUCGCUGCCCAAGAGACGCGCAUCCAGAGCUGUGUCCUAUGGGACCCGCGCAAGCGGCAGUACGUCGGCGUGCUCACCUCUACCGAUUACAUUUGUAUUCUCCUAUACUGCCAAUCACACCCGAGGGAGGCAGAUGCGGUGGCCUUGUGGACAAUCGAGCACUGGCAACAGGUGAAGGAGACGCAGGGACUCGGACGGCCGAAUGAGAAGUUGGGUGCGCCGCCAGGACCAAAGAGCGGUAUCGUCACGUGCAAGACCGACACCUCACUCCACGACUGCCUGCAGAUGAUGCGGGAGCACUGCGUCCGCCGCAUCGUCGCCUUAGCGGAGAAGGAGGGCGAGGACUUCAGCCUCGUCGCCAUGAUGGACGUGGAGCAGAUUGUCGAGUACCUUGGGGUGAUGUUCUUUCACAUUGAGAAGGCCGUUGGGUCAAUCGGUCGGGCCUGCGGUGGCGCAGCAGGUGACGGCGUUGGUGGCGGCGGUGCCCCUCACCGCACAAACUUGACGAUGUCCACAGCGACAAACACGACCAGCGGCGCCGGCGGUCACGACGAUUUGUCCACGCGCAGCGCAAACAGCACUGUCGGUGGCAACGCAGACGUGUCCCCGCUACAGCAAAACAGCAGCCACCCGCUCAGGUCAAACUAUUUUGACGACUACGAUGACGACCCGCAGGGAGUCUUUUCUCUUGGCGAAGCUUAUGUGCUGCCCCCCUACGUUGCGUCUAUCAUUACCCAGGCAGAGGCGGCAGGGGCGAGUGGGUCUGGUGGUGUUGGCAUCGCUUCUGACGUGCGCGUCGGCCCUUACAGCUCCAUCUUCGACGUCCCGUUCAUGUAUGUGCCGCACAUCGGCGUACACCGCCGGAAGCCCAUCUUUGCAACGAUGGAGCAGAAGCUGAGCGAGGCGCUGACGCUUAUGCUGGACAACAGCACCGAGAGCAUCGCUGUUUGCGCACAAAAAGAUGGCACCAUCGUCGACGUCGUUAGUCGCAGCGACCUUCUGCGGAUGGAGAACCAGGGCGUGUACGACACGCAGCUGACAGUGCGGAAGGCGCUGGCGAGCAAGGCUAGCGACCACAUCUUUGUCUUUUACGAGACGGAUACGCUGCGGGAAAUAUUCUCACACUUUGUGCGGCGCCGCGUCAAGGAGCUCUUCAUGGUGGACCCGGACACAGGGCGGCUGCUGGGGCAGCUGAAUGUGGCGGAGUUUGUGUACUUCCUAGUCUUCGGCGUCAGCAAGUAG